GCGGUCGGGUUGGGCCAGAGACUCCGACAAACCCACACGGACCUAGUCCGACACACGGGUCGAAUCCCCCCCCCCCCGAAACCUCCAAAACACGCAAACUGCGGAAAAAAAAGAGAACCGCUUUUUUUGUAUUUUUUGUUGCGCGUGUAAGACCGCUUCUUCUCGACUUCCUCUCUCUGGCUGGCAGACACCAAUGCGGGAUAGUGAUUGGAGUUGACAAGCCCGCUCCACUACUGUAUCUACCCCCCCCCCCACCACCACCACCACCUCUUCCUCCUCCUCCUCCUCCUCCUCCCGCUCCACACUCAACCAGGAAAUCGUCGAGGUGUGCUUUCUUUACAGUUGCUACCCCGUCUGCGGGUGUAGAUGCGCCUUUUUAAAAAAACAAUUCCGCCAGUUUGAGACUCGCCGCCGGGCUUUUCAGCCCUGAAGUCCGCCCCAACUUGCCCUUUCGAGGAGAGGAUACCCACUCUGGCCGAACAAUGAGCGAGUCGAGCAUUUGCCAGGCUCGGGCCACUGUGAUGAUCUACGACGACGGCAACAAGAAGUGGCUGCCGGCGGGCACCGGCCCGCAGUCCUUCAGCAGAGUCCAGAUCUACCACAACCCUUCCACCAACGCCUUCAGGGUAGUGGGGCGCAAGAUGCAGACGGACCAGCAGGUGGUGAUAAACUGCCCCAUCGUGAGAGGUCUCAAGUAUAACCAGGCCACAAACAAUUUCCACCAGUGGCGGGAUGCCCGGCAGGUGUGGGGGCUCAACUUUGGCAGCAAAGAGGACGCUACCCUGUUUGCCAAUGGCAUGGCUCACGCUCUGGAGGUGCUGACCUCCGUGGCAGACGCAGUUUCAUGUCCGUCUCCACCGCCCUCAGACUUUGCACAAUCGUCUGCAGGGGGGGAAAAAGGCUACUCGACCCUUCCCCGCCCACUAUCGAAUGGACCCACUCCAGAAGAACUUGAACAACAGAGAAGGCUGGAGCAGCAGCGGCUGGAGCAGCAGGAACGAGAGCGGCAGGAGAGGGAGCGGCAGGAGCGUGAGCGGCAGGAAAGAGAGCGGCUGGAGAGAGAGAGACAAGCCGCUGCAGUCUCUAUUCCCCCACCUCCACCGCUGGCCCCCUUAGGCCCCGCUCCUCCCCCGGCCCCUCCUCCACCCCCUGGACCCCCUCCGUCUGGUGGCAUCCCUCCCCCGCCUGGACCACCACCUCCAAUGGCCCCGCCCCUUCCAGGAGGUGGUUUUAGUGGAGGAGGAGGAGGAGGUGGAGGAAGCAGCAGCAGCGGUGGCGGCGGCAAUGGAGGUGGUGGCGGAGGAGAUGACGAUGGUGAUGCUGGUGGAUUUGGAGGAGGGGGCUUGGCGGCUGCCAUUGCAGGAGCUAAACUCCGUAAAGUAUCAAAGCAGGAGGACGGAGCUCCUGCGACUCCAAUAGGCAGAGCGGACUCCAGCCGCGGCAGCAACUCCUCCAUCGGUGGAGGUGGAGGCAGCGGUGGUGGAGGCGGAGGUGGUGGCGGGUUGAUGGGGGAAAUGAGUGCCAUCCUCGCGCGACGGAGAAAAGCUGCAGAGCCUGUACAGAAGCCCCCCUUGAAGACACAAGAUAAUGAUGAUUCAGAGCCUCAAGGUCAAGGCGACACCCAGAGAAGACCUUGGGAGAAAGCAUCCAUGACCAGGAAUAACUCCAUCCCCAAGAGCAUGGACUCCGCCCCCUCAUUGUCCCAGGGUUUCAGGCCGAAGACCGCAGGCAGCAACAAUGAUACGGGUUCAAUGGAUGACUCGGACUUGGAGAAAAUGAAACAGGAGAUCCUGGAAGAGGUUCGUAAGGAACUCCAAAAAGUUAAGGAGGAAAUUAUUGGAGCCUUUAUUCAGGAGCUGCAGAAGCGAAGCACAUAGUUCGACUGAGCGUCAGGUGUAACAGAGGGAUGCGAUAGGUGGAGGUGGCUGAGGACUGUUGGGACCUCUCGUCCACUGCGCCCUCCCAUGUAGCCCAGGGAUUUUUCUUUUUCUCUUUCUACACAUUUUGUUUUCUUUCUCCUAUUACGCGAAUGCAUGUGAGCAUACUGGCUUAUGUGUACAUCAUGCAUAUUCACUUCAUGUAAACUGUAACCCUCCCCCAUGCCACCCGGCACUUUUGAUGAUCACUCGUUAACAUUGCGACGGUGAUCCCACCCCCCCCCCCCCCCCCCCCCCCCCCCCCCCCCCUGUUCAUUCAUCCCGUCCCCUUGGGGCCUCUGUGUUCUGUUCAUCUGAUCCAAUUCAGAGCAAAUCGCUAUGGCCGCUGUCGUUCUCCCAAUUUGUCGUCAUGUACACAUCAUAUCCCUCUUUUCUGCGGAAAUCCUGCUACUUGUGUCUUCUUCCUUCUAUCAGACGCACCAUUUACUGAUAGAGCAGUAUUCAGGGACACUCUAUUAGUCACAUUUUUACUGUAAUAGUGAGAUGCUGGGAUCCUUCUCGCUUUCUCGGUUGGCAAACAAUUGUUUGACCUCAAGCACUGCUUCAGGUAAUUGAGUUCAGAACUUUGCUAGCAGGUUAUUGUCUCAAAUGGUAGUUCGAGGUGGAAGAACAAAUAAUCAGGGAUGGAUCAGAGACCCCAACUCCGCGACGACUGCAGCGUCGCUCAGUCAAGUGGAUUUUCCAGCUCCAACUUGAACGGCACAACGCGAGCCUUCACUGCUGCAGGAUGGAGAAGUUCGAGGAGGAAGAGGAGACAAGCAAAAGGAAUCUGAUGGACAACCUGUGUGCUGUGAAAGAGGAGUGUGUUGUAGUUUUAUGAUGUGUAAGAAAUGUUUUCUCUUUGCAUUGCACUUGUUCCGGAGGAAGUGGGUCUGUGCCACACUGCCUUGACAGACUAUUCCCCCUCAGUCAAAAUGAGAAAUAUUUUGUUGGCCUGUGCAGUGGUCCUACACUGUGCUACCGCUAGUUCAUAUCUUCCAUUCUAGCUAUGUUUUCUAACCUUGAAACAUGAAAGAUGGCCAUGAUGAGGUCAAUUAAUUUGGCCAUGACCAACUGCCUUGAGAAUAAAUAUAUAAAUAUAAAUAUAUAUAUGAGUAAAAAUAUAUAUUUGUUUUGAGGGGAAAAUGUUUGCAAAAAUUAAAUGGUGUCUCUAUUUUAAUCGAAAUGACUGGUGAAUGGGGAUUUUGUUUUCCUUUUUUUUUCAAUUAUUUUGUUAUGCGCUGUUAUUUGGGGUUUACUGUUUCUUUUCUAAUAGAGUCUAGGCUUUUUACACUGAAAUAAUAAGAAAACAGCUUAGAGACACUGGAUUAGAAAUGCCUUUAUAGUCGAAUACAGCUGCUUCUUGAAAUGCAUUGAUUGGUCUCGAGUCAUCUUUUUGCAGCCUGGUGUAAAGAUUUCUUUCAAUUCAGACUAGGGACAUUUUGCACAAUUUUGGAAUAUUGUGGAAUACACGGGAUGAACAAUCUCUGCUUUGUGGCACAUGACUGAAUUCUAGCUUUAACAUGACAAUAAAACAUGUGCAAGCUGAC